GUAUUUUAGCAGCAACUUUGGUAACCAUCCUCUAUCUCAUCUGAUGGGUUCUGUCUUUGGUAUGCAUGAUAGAGAGAAUGUUGAGGUCUUUUGCUAUGCUUGAAGUGCAAAUGAUGGAUCUGAAUGGAGGCUGCAUAUCCAAUCAGAAGUGGAGCAUUUUAUAGAUGUCUCAUCCAUGUCAUCUGAUAUGAUUGCCAGGAUGAUUAACGAGGAUAAAAUACAGAUCCUUGUCAAUCUUAAUGGUUAUACUAAGGGGGCAAGAAAUGAAAUAUUUGCCAUGCAGCCGGCCACUAUACAGAUUUCUUACAUGGGAUUUCCUGGAACUACAGGCACGGACUAUAUACAUUACCUGGUUACUGAUGAGUUUGUGUCACCUUCUCAAUUCAGUCAUAUUUAUUCAGAAAAGAUUGUCCAUCUUCCUCAUUGUUACUUUGUAAAUGAUUACAAGCAGGUUUGUUGUGUAAAUUAG